UUGCUGUCGUGGCUGCAGCUGUACCCCGAGCUGGAAGGUGACAAGUUGGAGCGGGACAUUGGAGAGUUUGCAGCGUCGCUGGCAUGGGUGCUCGAGUCGCGCCGUCUGGAGCGCUUGUUUGAUCGGCACAGCCCAUCAGCCUCUGCACUGCCCUUGCUCAAGGCCCCUUUCGAAGACUUUGUCGGCCUUGACACAGAGUCCAGGCAGUUCCGUCGCCGGUGUGGCGGCCGCCAGCGCAAGCAGCUGGGUGACCUGAGCCUGCAGCUCGGUCUGGGCCGUGAGGCGCAUGCGCUCUACACUGAGGCCCAGGAGCUUCUGCGAGGGGUGCCCGAUUGGCUCUGGCUGGCCGCCACCCUCGAAGGGGCUGUGGCAGCUGCUGUUGCGGGAGGCCCCGAGGAUAACAGGCGCAGUGGGGCAUCCACGGACGAGGGUUGGGAGCAGCUGCGUGAGAGCUGCAUCCACUAUGCCAAGUACUCGCCCGUGGCCGCCAUCCAAGCCGAGUGUGCCAUCAAGGCAGCUCGAUGGCUCUCGGCUCACGGGCGUCCCCUGGGUGCAGCGGAGUUUGUCCAGAGUGUCGUCUCCAUGAACAUGGCCCUGUCGGAGGCAGACAAGGUGUCGUGGUAUGGCUCCCUGGCCCGUCUCUAUCUGGAGCUGGGUCUGGGGCGCAAGGCAGCCUUCUACACGCGAGUGGCUGCCCUCAAGUGCAUGGCGGGAAAGCAGCCUGACCCCGUCCAGUGCUACCAGCUUCUGCUCAAGAGCCUGCCUGGGUACAGAGUGAGCCUGGACAAGCCAGCCAAGGGCAGCAGUGUGAUGGAUGGCUGGCCCCGACUUCAGAUUCAGCUGCUGCAGGACCUGCUAGUCACCGCUCGCAAGAUGGACGACCUGCCACUGGCUGUCAGCCAUGUGUGCCAGCUCCUGGAGUGGCUGCUGGAGUGGCUGUCCCCAGGAGAGCGGUCGGAGGCAUGCCAGCAGCUGCAGGCACUGGCUGGACGGCUUCAGGGCCCGGCCUCUGCUCGACCCCCACUGCUGCACCUGCCCCUGGUCCGGCGGUUCCAGCCUCAGGCCCCGGCCCCACACCUGCGACCGCUGCGGCUGGGCUCCUCGCAGGUGGCCUCCAGUGGUGGGGGCAGCAGCCCUUUCAUCUUCUCACCCCUGCAGCCACAUCGGCGGCCGGGACGUGCACCGCUGCUCUGGGUCCAGGGUGAGGUGGCCGCCGUCACCUUGCAGCUCUGCAACCCGCUGCCCACCGAGCUGGCCGUCCAGCACAUGUCCUUGCUGGCAGACGGCGUACCUCUGGAGAGCUUCCCAGCGUCCCUGGAGCUGCCGCCUGAGUCCAGCCCAUACCCGGUCAAACUGCUGGGCACACCCCGGGCUACCGGGCAACUCCAGCUACGGGGCUACAGCACCUGCGUGCUGGGUGUCCACAGCGAGUGUGUGCUGGCGCAGCCCACAGCCCCCCCCGUGACAGUGGUGCCCCCCUUGCCCCUGCUCGAGGCGACGGCCAAUCUGCCCCUGGCACCCGACUUUGCCACCAUUGGGGAUGCUGCUCAUGUGGUCAACAACUAUGCGCUCAGCCUGUACGCGGGCGAACGGCGCCAGUGCAUGCUGACCAUAACCAACUCUGGGGCUGAGCCAAUCGAGAUGCUGGAGCUGAGCCUACAAACCAAGCUGGAUCGUGAGUCUGAGCGCAGCCUGAUCCAGUGGAGCCCCGAUGACCUGCAGUCACAGCUGCCGCUGCCUCCAGGUGGUGCAGCUUCCAUAGCUCUCCAGGUGCACGGCCAGGCACCUUUCCUUGUUCCAGGAGGCUCACCAGAAGGUUCACAGGUGGUGCUACCCAAGGUGGUGGAGGUUGUGGUUCAGCUUCGCUACAGUGGGGGUCCUGGCCUGCAGGCACGUUACUGCCGUCAACUGGGGCUGGCCCUGACUCUGGAAGUGCAGCCGUCGCUCCUCAUAUCAGGAUGGGAUGUUCUACCAGCACAAGAGCCCACCAAAUGCCACCUAGUGUUAGACUUGCGGAAUGAGACGGAGCAUGAGCUGGAACUGCGAGCUGAUGACGAGCGGCAGCCGCUUCUCCUGGAGGCCAAAGAUUGCUGCCGCAUCCCAGUCACUGUCCACAGGUGCACAGCUGACAGCUGGCCAUGCGCAGAGGGCCCCGAGCAGCUGGCUGAGGUGGCCUGCCGCCAGCACCUGCGAGACACGGUCAUGCUGCGCUGGUGGCUGCCUUCUUUGGAGCGUGGCGGUGAAGCCAGCUUGGACGAGGUGCCUUGGACAUCGCACAUGCUCGACACCAUCCUCCAGUCGCCUUUGCAGUGGGAAGUGCAGGUUGAUGGCAGGAUCCACCGGCCAGAGCAGGAGUAUGUAUUUCCAGUUGGGGAGCCCCUGCGACUGAGCGUGCUUCUCCGCAAUGUUUCACAGGGAAGCUUUCAACAUCUCUGGCUGUCUGCUGUUGGCUACCAAGACCGGCAGAAUGGUACACUCAGCUACCGGCUCGAUUCCAAGGUCAUAUUCGUUGGCUCUGACAAGCUCUUCAUUGAACAGGUGGAGCCUGGCGCUAGUGAGGCGCACGAGUUCACGAUCGUCUUCCUGCUGAAGGGCGUCUACAAGAUGGAACUCAGCUGCCGUGCCCAACAGGAGCAACUGUCCAGGGACAACGAGCGCGUGUGGAAGUGCUGCCCGCCCAUCGAAGUCACCGUGGCGCCACAGCAGCAAUAAAGCGCCCUAUGUUGUUGCACCGGUGUUCCUGACUGUCGUGAAUUACUUCGACAUCGCCUGUGCCUGUCUGUCAUUCUUGCACAAAUAUAACAUUGCCUAUGGUUCUU